GGGCUCAAGGAACUGGGAGGUGAAGGCCCAGGUCUGAAGACUGUGUCCUCAGGGCACAGAGCAGAGGAGGCCCAGGCAGUGCCAGGUAUCAAGGUUGGCGGGGGACAGGCCGCCCAGGAGGAGCACCCCUGUACGAGGUCCCCACCUAUCGCCCCUGCCCACACUCCCGUCGGCGACCUGACCCCAGUCAUCAGGCCCCUGGUUGAGAGGAGUGAGCUCCGCCAGCCUGAGGCCGACCUUCAUGCCCCAGUCCCGGCCCAGGGUCCGGUGGAGGCGCAGCUGUUGGGGGCUGUGGGGGAGGAGGCCGCAUCCCUCUCGUCCUCCGCCUCCUCUUCUUACUCUGUCCUGUUCCUGGGCACCCUGGAGGAGUCCUUGCUCCAAGAUGCACCACAUCAGAAGGUGGCUGACCUGGUGAGGCUCCUGCUGCUCAACUAUCGCACAAAGGAGUCGACCACAAAGGCAGAAAUGCCCAUCCUCAAAGAUUACCCAGACCACUUCCCCGUGGUCUUCAGCUGAGCCUCCGAGUGCAUGCAGCUGGUCCUUGGCCUCGACGUGAAGGAGGUGGACCCAAGCAAUCACUCCUAUGUCCUCGUCCCCACCCUGAGCCUCACCUAGGAUGGGAUGCUGAGCAACGGGCAGAGCACGCCCGAGGCCGGCCACCUGGUGCUGGUCCUGGGCGUGAUCGCCCUGUUCGGCGACCGCGGCCCUGAGGAGGAGGUGUGGGGAGUGCUCGGCAACAUGGGGGUGUGUGCUGGGAGGGAGCCCUGCAUCUAUGGGGAGCCCAGGGAGCUGCUCACCAAAGUGUGGGUGCAGGAGGGCUACCUGGAGUACCGGCAGGUGCCCCAUAGCGACCCUGCCCACUACGAGUUCCUGUGGGGUGCCCGGGCCUACGCGGAGACCAGCAAGUGGCAGGUCCUGCAGCAUCUGCUCAGAGUCAAUAGCUUGGAUCCCAGGUCCUUCCCAUCUGUGUCUGCAGAGGGUGUGAGCGAUGAGGAAGGCGGAGCCUGA